AUGCUUAUCAAGAAUCAAGAUCUAGCACCAGAUAAUGAUGCCACGGCCUAUGAGGACCGUAUCCAGCAUCUACAGAGUGGACUCUGUGGUUCUGUGGAGCGAGGGUUCUCGAAUUGUGAAAGGGGCGACGCCGCGACGGAUUGGUGGUUAGUCAAUCUGGUGGUCGAGACAGUCGGCGGUUGUGGAAAGAACCAUCGUGCAACUUUCGACUCUUCGGAUGAUAAAUCAAUUGGUCUCGUCUUUGCAUUAUUUCACACCAGGUCAUUACUGCGUCUGACAUCUCUCGGAGCUUCUGCUGCGGCCGCGUCGUCUUUGCAGCAAAACACCACAUCGUCAUCAGCUUCGGUAACGCCACUGCGUGCCGGUUCACAAAGAAAGAUGGUUCACUCUAAGGUCGUCAUCAUUGGCUCCGGCCCUGCUGCCCAUACCGCAGCCAUCUACCUCUCGCGGGCCGAGCUGAAACCCGUCAUGUACGAGGGCAUGCUUGCGGGAGGAACCGCAGCCGGUGGUCAACUGACCACCACAACCGAUAUCGAGAACUUCCCCGGUUUCCCUAACGGUAUCGGCGGCUCCGAACUCAUGGACAACAUGCGCAACCAAUCCAAGCGAUUCGGAACGGAGAUCAUCACCGAGACCAUCACUCGCGUCGACUUCAGCAAGCGUCCUUUCCGCCUGUGGAAAGAAUGGUCCGAUGGCCCCGAUGAGGAACCCGCACACACCGCAGACGCUGUCAUUAUCGCCACAGGCGCCAAUGCCCGCCGUCUCGAUCUCUCGGGCGAAGAACAAUACUGGCAGAAUGGUAUUUCGGCAUGCGCUGUUUGCGAUGGUGCAGUGCCGAUUUUCCGUAACAAGCCUUUGUUCGUGAUUGGUGGCGGUGACUCUGCUGCUGAGGAGGCUAUGUUCUUGACCAAGUACGGUAGCCAUGUUACGGUGCUUGUGCGCAAGGAUAAGCUGCGUGCUAGUAAGGCCAUGGCCAACCGUCUGUUGGCCAACCCCAAGGUUACCGUGCGUUUCAACUGUGUUGCUACGCAGGUUGUUGGUGAGGAGGGUCCCCGAGGACUCAUGACCCAUCUCAAGGUCAAGAAUGUGGUCACUGGUGAGGAAGAGACUCACGAUGCCAAUGGUUUGUUCUAUGCUGUUGGCCAUGACCCCGCAACUGCCUUGGUCAAGGGCCAGAUCGAAUUGGACAGCGAAGGCUACAUCGUUACUCAACCCGGAACAAGCUACACUUCUGUUCCUGGUGUGUUCGCAGCCGGUGACGUGCAGGACAAGCGUUACCGACAGGCCAUUACCAGCGCUGGCUCCGGCUGUAUCGCCGCCCUUGAAGCCGAGAAGUUCCUUGCCGAAGAAGAAGCCGGCGAAGGCGAAGAACCCACCGUUAAGACUGAAGUCGGACACUCACGCAUCGAAGUCGCCGUCAUCGAACAAGAUCCCCAGAGCGCCGCUCAGAAGAAAGACAACGCUCCGGCCGUAGCGGAAUACAAAGAGAACCCAUUGCUAUAA